UUCUCUCUUUUCUUUCCUUCUCGACCCGUUCCGUUUCAGUUUCUCCUCCACCGACCGUCCAACCGUGUGGAAUACGGCACACGAGCCACGGCGAAGCAGGCCAAUAUAAAACGCCACUAUGGCUGCCGUUGCCGCUUCAUUCCGUGUCGAGCCGCUCUCCUGGUCGAGCUCUCAGCUCUUCCUAUACCGCCGUUAUCUCAUUUCCGAUUGCUGUCGAUGGGCUUCCCCAAUUAUAGUCUAACACAUUCGUUAUUGUACAUCCGUACCGCGUAGGCCCAACCGCCAAAUUGCUCAGCAUUUGCCGAUUCCCAGCGUUGUGUGAUUCGCCCAUUUUUUGCUGAUCCUGGACAGCUGCGCACAAUGACUGCCAGUCCAUUAUUGUAUGUCAAACUGAUCGUUCUUUUCGUCGUCUUCAGGAUGGUCACUUCUGCCUCUUGGUUUGAUCCCGACCGAUGGCGUUACGGAAAGAAGACAUGCAAAUGUUCUUGCGGCGUAUCGAGAAAAGACGAACAGCGCAUCGUUGGUGGACGUCCCACUGAAGCCUACGACUAUCCAUGGAUGGCUGGAUUGCUCUAUAAAGGUGCUCUAUAUUGUGGAGCUACUCUCAUCAACGACAGAUAUGUCGUCACGGCAGCUCAUUGCGUCGACGGAUUGGACAUUGAUUCGAUUCACGUUCUGCUCGGCGGUCACGACUUGGAGAACGUCAAAGAGGAAGAACUGGAACUGAGAUCUGUCGUUCGAAUGGUGAAACAUCCCAAGUUCGAGGCCAAAACGUUCAACCAUGACAUAGCAGUUUUGCAAUUCGACGACCCCAUACCGUUCUCUCGCUCCAUCGGCCCCGUCUGUCUCCCUCAGUCCGAUAUUGAAUACGCCGGAAAGGUAGCCGUUGUAACCGGAUGGGGGCGUGUGAAUGAAACGGGCAACAUAUCGCCGAUCCUCGCCCAGGUGGCCGUGCCUAUUUACACGAACGCCGAUUGUCAAAAGACGAAAUAUGGCGCCCAGGCUAUUACGGAGAACAUGAUGUGCGCCGGAUACGACCACGGAGAACUCGACGCCUGCCAAGGCGAUAGCGGUGGGCCUUUGCAUUUGGAAGGCAAAGAUCGCAAAAUCGAUCUGAUCGGCGUCGUAUCCUGGGGCCAAGGAUGCGGCCGAGAAGGCUAUCCUGGUGUUUACACGCGGAUGGGACGCUACCUGAAGUGGAUCGCCGAAAACACGGUAGACGCCUGUUAUUGUGGUAGACGACAAGGACGCAAUGGCGAUUAGCCAGAUGCAAUGCAAUAUAAGCGGAAUCACACUUGGUCAAGCUACACUUCCGGCCGGAAAAAUUGCGUAACAAGAGCAUGCAUAAGCAGCAACAGUAAUAAUGCAUCAACUUGUUCAAUGCAUGUGUUCCGUGGCCAACAGGUGACUUGACGUGCCGGCCCACAGAGGCGAAUAAUUGCUAUACGUCUGCCUAUUUAGCCAGCCUUCUGGGAAGAGGGUGUGACGACUGUCGCAGACUUCCGCAUCGUCUACCCUUCUUAUUCUUUUUUUUUCACUUCCUUCUUGUCUAAAAAUUUUUUGCCUUUUCUUUUUUAACAAAAAAAAAAACGAUUCUACUUCUUAUUUUUUUCGAUUAUUUUACAAGAUUCUUGAUAUGGAAAUAUGGAGGUUUUUUUCCCUAGCCGUAAUUGUAGGGCGGCGACGUUUGUUUGAAUUCUAGGAAUUCAUGAUACGUUCUAGUCCAAAUUAACGCCUCUGAUCUCGAACCAUGCGACGGAGUUUGUUUCAAAGGACUUCCAACUAUGGUUUUUUCCUUUUUUUUUUUUUUUUUUUUUUUUUAUUUCACAGAAACGUAUUUCACAUAAUACGUACGAGGCUCUUUUGUAAAUAUCUAUCGUAAAUCACACAUUUCGUCGCUUGCGGGAUUUGCUGAUUACCAGGACCGUUAUUUCUGUUUUUUUCAUCAAUAGGAUUUGUCUUGUCCCGUUGUAGAUCAACGUCUUUUUCUUUUUUUCGUUAAUUGUUUAAAAGUUUAUUUGAGUUUUUCUUUUUACAAUUUCUUCUGCAUUGGUUGUUCCGUAGUUUUUAGUUAGGACAUAGCUCAAAGGAAUGCAAAAUAUACGGAAAGUUUAAUCGAU